AUGGGAAUCGCGAAUGUGGAAGAUCAACAGAAGAAACAGAGCCUUUUACCCGAUAGCUUGCACAUAUACUUGAUCAUAGCGCCACAACCCGAACAAGGCAACCCUAUGGCAAUUUCAAGUCUGCUGAACCCAUCAGACGACGAAGAUGAUGCGGAAUCAUUGAGAAGCGAACCUGAUUCCGUGGAAAGGUCUAUGAACAACCUCGACAUCUCUAGAAGACAUAGUCAACCCCACUAUGAGAAUCGUAGUUUCUCCGACAAUCGACUUGCACUGCCGCUGCGGCCUAUUAACCCACGAGGAGGGUCGUACAAUCGAAGAGGCAGCUAUGAAGACUGCUCCCGGCGACGAUAUGCAGCUUCUACUGGCUUGAAUCGGUUUUCAUCAUCACAUUAUCGCGGCCGCCAUGGACCUCAGCGCCAUCAUUCACGACAAAGCUCAGCACCACCAUCUUCUUCUUCACGCCAUCCAGCCGACAGAGUCAACAAGACGCCACAUUCUAACAAGGCGUAUACCAGUGAGCAAGUUCACUUCAUCAGAUACACCAAAGAAGAUUUGGGCGUUCCGUGGAAAGGCCAUCCAGCUCGGUUCCGUCGAUUCUGGGAAGACCACCGUGAAUCGGAUCAGUGCUUCUCUUCGCGCUAUUACCGUUGUAACAUCAGACCGCGACAUGUCAACUGGGUGCCCAUUCUUGUUGAUGGAAGACCUGUAUUGGAUCCAGCUCCAGUCCGAGGAAGAUCAACUCCUGAAGGCAAGGCCAUGGACUUCCCAUAUACACUUAUUGAGUUAUCUCCACAUCGAGCGUUGGAGUAUAGCUGGGUCAGUCUUGCAGAUAAGGCCAGGGCCAUGGAUAUUCUCAGACAGGAUGAGAUCAGGGAUGCGAUGAUAGAGAAUGGAACGUUCGUUGAUCCGGAUCCCAAGAAUAAAAAAUGGCGUUGGCGCAGAAUGAUUCGCCUCAUGGAGGCAGAUGGUCUCCUUCCUGGAGGGUGCUAG